CUGAUCACCGAACUAAGAACAGUGUCACCCGCUCGUUCUGGAGAUGGAAGAGCACCGUUCUCACCGCAGGCCAUACCCCGUUCCUUCGUGCGACCCGGGCCUCCGAUAACCCCUGGUUGUGCUUACGUUAGCCCGUCACGACUUUUCCGUCGGUUCUUCGAAGCGAUCGCGUCUGGUCUGCUGCUACAACUGAAAUCGUCAGAGAUGCCUCAAGCAGAUGAGCAAUCGAUUAAAGAUGAUGGAGAUUUCGCUUGUUCACUUCUAGCCAGUACUUCACUAGAACUACGUGAACAAGUCACUGUUUUAGCGCAACUAGCACUACGCCAGAUCGCCUUUCGUCAGUUGUAUAAGGUAUUGCGCAUUGAACCAACUGCCGCACAGUACAGUUAUCGCCGUCGUAUCUCUCCGGACGAUGAUGAUUCGUCUAAAGUAGAGCAGUCCGUUAAUCCCGAGGAGUACGACGAAGACGAUGUUGCUGGAAUAAUGCAAUCUGAAGAAAUGAUUCAACAAUCACUAGAGUCAGACAAUUUGAGCGCACCUCCUAAACGACCAUGCAUUGAUCAGGACAAAUCGAGCACAGCGGAUUCGUCGAUCACUGCCCAGACUAAAACCAACACCCCGACUGGUCCGAGUACGAUCACCUCUUCCAAUGGUGUAGCUACUCGAUCGUCCAGUCGUCCGGGUACGGGGACAAAAAAGAAUUGA